AAGAGGGAGGCAGCUACACUCUUUUGCCCUAAUCGCUUACACUCUCCAAUGGCUAAGAAUCGUCCCGAGAAAGAAGAAGAAGAAGAAUCCGGCGAGGAGAUGGAAGUUUCUUCGCCGGGGAACGCGGAUACUGAAUCGGGAUCGGGAUCGGGAUCAGAAUCAGAAUCGGAAUCGGAACCUGAACAAGAGCAACCCCCGAAAAAACCACCAGUUGCCGCUCCAAAGAAGCCACAACCUCAGGAUGAUUCUUCAUCUUCUACUGAAGAGGAAUCUGAUUCCGAGUCCGAACCGGAUCCCGAAACACAGAAACCAAACCCGGUUGUUAAACCCAUAGCUUCCAAACCCAUGGAUGAGCCGAAAAAAGCUGCGCCUAUCGUUGAGAAGAAACCUAAAUCGAAAGCAGAUGCUACUGCAAAACUCACUUCUCCGAAGAAGUCCACUGCCGUUGUCGGAGCUAAACGCCCGGUGGAUGACGGUGAAGCUAAGGAAUCGAAGAGGUCUAAGAAGAAACCAGAGAAACAGAUUGAAACUCCAGUGUCGAAAACACCCACUGAUGACGUGAAAAGGCAGUUGUUUCAGCGAUUGUGGAGUGAAGAUGACGAAAUUGCUAUCCUGAAAGGCAUGACUGAUUACAGGUCGAAGAAAAAAGCCGACCCAGUUGCGGAUUUGAGUGCAUUUCAUGAAUUCAUCAAAAAGUCUUUGCACGUAGAUGUGUCUAAGGCCCAGUUGCAAGACAAGAUUAGGAGAUUGAAGAAGAAGUAUGAAAACAAUGCUGGGAAAGAGAAGAAGGGAAAGGAAAGGACUUUCUCCAAGCCCCACGAGCAAAAAGCCUAUGAAUUGUCUCAAAAGGUUUGGGGUAAAGAGAAAACUGACAAAGUUCCAGUUGAAGUUGUUAAAGUGGAGAAUGUAACUGCAAGUAAGGGACGAAGCAACAGUGGAGAUGAAGAUAAUGGGGUUUUGGAUGUAGUGAAGGAGGAGAAACUGAGUGCGGAGGUGGAGAAGACUGUGGAGGUUACACCUAAUUUGAAUUUGACAUCGUGUGGGGGAAGUGUUGCUGCUCUGGAGAAGUGGCUUGAAGAGUAUUCUGGGUUGCUUAGCAUUGAGAAGUUGGAUGAGAUUAAGAAAAAGUCGACAUCCUUGCAGGUAGCUGAGGCUGGCUUGUGCUUGAGGAGGGUGAAUCUAAUUGCUGAGCAGGGGGAGCUGAUGCGCAAAGCUAUGAAUGCUUCUGGGAUUGAUAUCUAGAAAGAGUAAACUAUUUUAAGGCAAACUUCCUUUUUAGGUUUGUUUCUGCUUGUAGUUCUGUUAAUUUCUCAUUUUGUGUAGUUUCAGCUCAUUGUCUUUACAAGUAGCAUAUUUUGGAGCUUGUUAUGUGUGAUUUGCUAUUUGGAUAUAAACCAUAUUUGUCU